UACAGAACCGGCGGAGAUGCUCUUACCUAGUGAUUCCCCCAAGUCAACGAGAGAAGCCGCGUCCUGCAUUCCCCACUUCCCACCGCGCCACUGCAAGAUUCGAGCGCCGCCCCGCAGUUUCGACCAAGAAGCGACUCCGCGGACGGUGGUGUGGCAGCACGAGGCAGCAGCGACGGCAGCCGCGACUCCAGGUGACGGCGACGAUACAUUCUCAUGGGUGUGCAGCAAAGUGGGGAGAUAAUCGUUGUGAAGAGGCUUAUGCCAUCAAUGGUGGGCGCUCAGAGUUUAUUUGAGAAUGAGGUUCAUCAUCUUAUGAGGCUUAGGCACCCGAAUAUUGUGCGACUUAUGGGGUAUUGCUAUGAAACAAAGAAAGUUAUUUUAGAAUACAGAGGGAAAAAUGUUUUUGCUGAGAGGUCAGAAAUGUUGCUUUGCUUGGAGUAUCUCCCUAAAGGUAGCCUUGAUGGUUAUAUUUCAGAUGGAUCAUCCCAACUUGAUUGGCACACGUGCUACAAAAUAAUUGAGGGGAUUUGCAAUGGUUUGCACUACCUUCACGAGCAAAUUGACAAGUCUGUUCUUCACUUGGACCUUAAGCCUGCGAACGUAUUGCUUGACAACAAUUUGGCACCAAAACUUACAGAUUUUGGGCUGUCAAGACUGCUUGAUCAAUAUCAAACUAUGUUCACUCCAAAUCGUUUUGGUACAUUAGGCUACAUGGCACCAGAAUACAUCGAUGAAGGUACAAUCACACCUAAGACAGACAUAUUUAGUUUGGGUGUGAUUAUCAUGGAGCUAAUAACGGGACACAGGGACUACCCAAGUGUUGCGGGAACAUCUUCCGAGGGCUUUAUUGAGCAUGUACUUAAAAAAUGGAGAAACACAUUGGAGAAAGCACAGGGGUACACAAAGCUAGAAAUAGAUUGCCAACAAAUUAAACGAUGCAUUCAAAUAGGUCUAAUCUGUGUUAAUCCUGAGUGGUCCAAAAGGCCUACAACAGCAAAAAUUAUCAAGAUGCUUAAAGGACUAGAAAGUUCAGAUUGUAGGAUUAGCAAUGAGGCAACGUCAUCAGCACAUCAGACUUCAAAUGGGGUUAGUGAACGAGGAAAACAACCUCCAAAAAAUACACUAUGUAUUGAGAUUUUGGAGCAAGCUGAAAGACAGGAUCUAGCAUUGGUCUCUCUUGCAAUUGCAGGUGACUGUCUAUGUGGAAAGUUGAAGUUGUUGUACCUAAAAAACGGAGAACACAUUUCUCCACAGGCAUCCAUCGUUCGCAUCGUUGUCCCAGGCUCGCCUGCUGGUACCAAACUUCAUGUGGACCCCUACAUGCUCUCCAUGCGGAGUCCCUACCUUCGUGCGAUCUUCACCCGCCACAAUAAUCAAUAUGGUGCAUCUGAGGGCAGUGCGGAGGGCAAUAGGAUGGACCUCCAAGAAUUUCUAGGCAAGGAAGUGAAGGUCGAGUACGAUGCGCUGUUACUGGUACUCUUGUACCUGUACAGUGGCCGUGUCGGAGACCUUCCCGAGUCGGCGUACAUAUGUGCCGACGAGAACGGUUGUGCGCACCUCGGCUGCCACCCCACCGUCUCCUUCAAGGUGCAGGUUCUCUUUGUUGCCUUCACAUUCCAGGUCCCCGAGCUCACCAGCCUCUUCCAGCGGGAUCUCCUUGAUGUCCUUCAUAAGGUUGAAGUGGAUAACCUUCCACUGAUCUUGUCUGUUGCAAACUUAUGCAAAAAAUCUUGCGGGAAACUGCUCGAGAGAUGCCUUGAGAUGGUAGUCCAGUCAAAUCUUGACAUGAUUACUCUUGAGAAAGUAUUGCCUCCAGAUGUUGUUAAGCAAAUUACUGACUUACGGCUAAGUUUUGGAUUAGCUUCAUCCGAGGACAUGGGCUUUCCUAACAAACAUGUAAGAAGGAUACUCAGAGCCCUUGAUUCCGAUGAUGUGGAGCUAGUAAGGAUUCUGAUCAAGGAAGGGCAGACCAAUCUUGAUGAUGCAUUUGCGCUCCAUUAUGCUGUAGAACACUGUGACUCAAAAAUUACAACAGAACUUCUGGACAUUGCACUUGCAGAUGUUAGUCUCAGAAACCCAAGAGGUUACACUGUUCUUCACAUUGCCGCCAGACGGAAGGAUCCUAAAAUCAUUGUCUCCCUUUUAACCAAAGGCGCUCGGCCUUCCGAUUUUACAUUUGAUGGAAGAAAAGCAGUUCAUAUCUCAAAGAGACUCACAAAACAUGGGGAUUAUUUUGCGAAUACUGGAGAAGGAAAGCCGUAUCCUAAUGAUAAAUUAUGCAUUGAGAUACUGGAGCAAGCUGAAAGAAGGGAUUCACACUUUGGAAAAGCAUAUGUUUCUCUUGCAUUGGAUGGUGACGUUCUUCGUGGAAGGUUAUUGUACCUUGAAAACCGAGUUGCGUUGUCGAGGAUAUUGUUUCCAGUGGAGGCAAGAGUAGCAACGGACAUUGCUCAAGUUGAUGGUACUUCGGAAUUUGCCCUUGGUCAUCUAGUUGCCAUUGAUCUAAAUGGAACUCCUACCAAAAUGAAGGAUGAACACUUAGCUCGGAUGAGAGCUCUCUCCAAAACAGUCAAACUCGGCAAACGUUACUUCCCGCGCUGUUCAAAUGUGCUGGACAAGAUCAUGGAUGAUGAACCUGAGCUGGCUUCGCUCGGAAGAGAUGCAUCCUCCGAGAGGAAGAGGAGGUUUCACGACCUGCAAGAUACGCUUCUGAAGGCGUUCAGCGAGGACAAGGAGGAGUUUAACAGAACGACAACCCUUUCAUCUUCCUCAUCGUCGACGCCCACUGUAGCAAGGAACUUGACAGGUCGGCCCAGGAGAUGAUGAGCACCCUGGCCCAUUCUUGCCAUAUUGUUAGCUGAUUCUUUUUCUGUCUGAAACUGCCCGCCGGAUUUAUUUUUUUCUGUUUAACGAGUACUAGUAGUCUAGCAUCAUCGUCAGAUAUGAUGAAGCUGUUGGCUUUGGCCCUGUAAAUCGCCUAGUUAGAGUUGCUGUAAAGUAUAGGCAGUAGAUCAUUGGACCCACC